AUGGAAGCGCAGACGGUACGAAACAGAGGUUUUUUAGACAAGCCAGGAAUGAAGAGGGAAAACGCGAGGCUGGGUUUGUGCGGCGCAGUGUUCAUCAUGCUGAAGUCUGCUCUUGGUGCAGGACUGCUCAACUUCCCCUGGGCUUUCUCCAGAGCUGGAGGAGUUCAUGCUGCAGUCACAGUGGAGAUGUUUUCUCUCAUAUUCCUCGUUAGUGGACUGGUGGUCCUGGGCUACUCAUCCUCCAUCAGUGGCCAGAACACAUAUCAGGCUGUGGUGGGGCACAUCUGUGGGCCUGCUAUAGGCAAACUGUGUGAGCUCUGCUUUGUCUUCAAUGUCUUCAUGAUCUGUGUGGCAUAUCUGGUUAUACUGGCAGACCAGCUUAAAAAAUUGACUAUUUCCAUACAUGAGCUAAUCACAGGUUCAACUGGGAACGAGAUGACUUAUCACUGGUACACAGAUCAGAGGUUUAUGCUUUUCCUUGUGUGUCUCUUUUUGAUUCUUCCUCUAUCAAUUCCAAAAGAGAUUUGGAUACAGAAAUAUACCAGCGCAUUAGGCACUGUAGCUGCCAUCUAUUUGACUGUAGCCAUUGUUAUAAGAUAUUACACAAGAACAGUCCCUGAAGGUCACCUGUCCCCUUCAUACAACAGUGGGAUGGACUUUUGGGCUUCCAUGUUCAGCGUCAUCCCCACAAUCUGCUUUGGCUUUCAGUGUCAUGAAUGCAGCAUUGCCAUCUACAGCAGUUUGGAGAAUAAAAAGCUUUCAAACUGGGUCGUAAUCUCAUUAUGUUCUAUGCUCAUCUGCCUUGCUAUCUACACUCUAACUGGUAUCUAUGGAUAUCUCACCUUUGGGAGGAACGUUGCUGCUGACGUUCUGAUGUCAUACAGUGGAGAUGAUGUUCUUAUGAUUAUUGCAAGAUUACUCUUUGGGGUUUCCAUCAUCACCAUCUACCCCAUUGCUCUUUUACUCGGAAGGUUGGUGAUUCAGGAUCCAUUACUGCUUCACAGAGAGACUUAUGAGACUUACAUCAGAGUUGCUUUGACUGCAGUGUGGAUCCUCAUCACUCUCCUCAUUGCCCUGUUCGUUCCAGAUAUAAGCAAAGUCAUCAGCAUUAUUGGUGGCAUUAGUGCAUUCUUCAUCUUCGUCUUCCCAGGACUUUGUUUAACAUUUGCAAUGCAAUCUCAGCCAAUGCCAGCAAGACUAAGGUGGAUUUUAAUUGCAUGGGGAAUGAUCACAGUUUUAUGUGGCACAUUCAUUUUUGGCCAGAGCACUUUCUUUGCCAUUAUGCAGGUCUUUCAUAAGCUAUGAUUCUUGACAACUAUACCUCU